UUUGGAAAGUACAAAUCACCCCAUUCUAAAACUUGGAGCCAAAAAAUUACAAAUGCUGAACACAGCGGAACUCCUCCAGUUGAGUUUCGAACAAAAUUACCGAAACGCAUGCACCCAUCUCCUCUCUCUAACUCGCUCCCGCUCUCUCUCUAAAGGCCUUCAACUCCACGCCCACAUUCUCAAGUCAGGCCUCCAAGCAAUCCCUCUCGUUUCCCACAACUUAAUCAACUUCUACUCCAAAACCCAACUCCCCCUCAACUCAGCCAAGGUUUUUCAAGAAUCGUCUGUUAAAUCAUCGACUACGUGGAGCUCAGUGAUUUCUUCGUGUGCCCAGAAUGAUUUGCCGGUUCUAGCGCUUGAUUUGUUUCGGCAAAUGCUGGGGUUUGGGUGUCGUGCUGAUGAUCAUAUUUUCCCCAGUGCUACGAAGGCGUGUGGGAUGAUUGGGAGAUUUGAUGUCGGUGGGUCGGUGCAUUGUCUUGCUGUGCGAACUGGGUUUGCUUGGGAUGUGUUUGUGGGGAGUUCUGUGGUGGAUAUGUAUGCUAAAUGCGGGGUGAUAUGGGAUGCGCGGAGGAUGUUUGAUGAAAUGCCUGAGAGGAAUGUGGUGUCGUGGAGUGGGAUGAUUUAUGGGUAUGUUCAGAUGGGUGAAGCGGAGGAGGCUUUGGGGUUGUUUAAGAAGGCGUUGGUUGAGGAGUUGGAUGUGAAUGAUUUUACGUUCUCAAGUGUUGUCAGGGUUUGUGGGAAUUCAACGUUUCUUGAGCUGGGGAAGGAGAUACAUGGGUUGUGUUUGAAAAUGAGUUAUGAUUUGUCGAGUUUUGUGGGGAGUUCGUUGAUUUCUAUGUAUUCCAAGUGUGGGUUGAUAGGGGAAGCUUAUCAGGUGUUUGGUGAGGCUCGUGAUAAGAAUUUAGGCAUGUGGAAUGCAAUGUUGAUUGCUUGCGCGCAGCAUGCGCACACUGAAAAAGCAUUUCAGUUAUUUGAAGAGAUGGAGGGAGGGGGAGUGAAACCGAAUUUUAUCACUUUUUUAUGUAUGGUUUAUGCGUGUAGCCAUAAGGGGCUUGUUAAAGAAGGUAAUUAUUACUUUGAUCGUAUGAAGCGAUAUGGGAUUGAGCCAGGGGACCAGCAUUAUAGUUCCAUGGUCGAUUUGCUCGGGCGUGCUGGAAAACUGCAGGAUGCACUUGCAAUGAUCAGGGAAAUGCCCAUGCAGCCAACAGAAUCUGUAUGGGGAGCUUUUUUGACAGGAUGUCGGAUUCAUGGAAACACGGAGUUGGCAGCUUACGCAGCUGAUAAGGUCUUUGAGUUAGGUGCUGUAAGCCCUGGCUUGCACGUCCUGCUAUCAAAUGCAUAUGCUGCUGCUGGAAGAUAUGAAGAGUCAGCUAAAGCCCGUAAAAUGUUGAGGGACAGAGGAGUGAAAAAGGAAACGGGACUGAGUUGGGUGGAAGAGGGAAAUAGGGUACAUACAUUUACGGCAGGUGAUAAAUCUCACUCAAAAUCACGUGAGAUUUAUCAAAAACUGGACGAAUUAGGAGAUGAAAUAGAACAAGCUGGUUAUAUUGCGGACACUAGUUUCGUGCUUCAAGAAAUAGAUGGCUCCGAGAAAAAACUUGCAAUUAGGUAUCAUAGUGAAAGACUUGCCAUUGCAUUUGCACUAAUAACCUUUCCACCUGGAAGGGUAAUCAGAAUUAUGAAAAACUUGCGUGUGUGUGGUGAUUGUCACACCGCAAUAAAGUUCAUGUCCAAAUCCUCCGGAAGAGUGAUUAUUGUAAGGGAUAAUAACAGGUUUCAUCGGUUUGAGGAUGGGAAAUGUUCAUGUGGCGACUAUUGGUGAAAACUUAAUUUCAAGCCAAGUAGCCUGAUUAGAUAUGCCAAAAUGAUGAAAUUACCUGUAAUUACCUUGAUAAUUGAAGCCUUACCUAGGAUUGACUGAUUUUUCUUUAAGGAAUAGAAUAACAAUGAACAAGAGUUUAGUACUUA